AUGCAAGGUGAAAAACUGUCGUCUGACACCACUGCGGCAGACGAAUUCAAGAUAUGGCUCCAAAAUUAUCUUCGAGAAAAUAGCUACGAAGAAGAUCAAGUUUACAAUGCCGAUGAAACUGGUGCGCAUUACAAAUCAUUGCCAAAGAAGACAUUAGCAGCUGGCACUGAAAAACAGGUACCGGGAUUUAAGGAGCUGAAAGAGCGUGUGACAGUGAUGUGUUGCGCCAAUGCAUCGGGCACACACAAAAUCACUCCUUUGGUUAUCGGCAAAUCAAAAAAUCCGAGAUGUUUUGCGAAGUUCGAGAAAGAGAAGUUGCCGGUAACAUACAUGAACUCCCUGUCAGCUUGGAUGGAUAGGAAACUAUUCAUGGAUUGGUUCAAGGACGUUUUCAUCAAGGAGGUACACGAGAAACAUCCAGAAGGCCGAAAGGUUUUAUUACUGCUUGACAACGCUCCGUCGCAUCCGCCUGCUGCUGAGUUGAACGCAAUCAAUGAUACAGUACAGGUGUUAUUCUUGACUGCAAACGUGACAGCCCUGAUUCAACCUAUGGAUCAGGGGGUUAUUGAAAAGAUGAAGAGAAUGUUAAGAAAGAAGCUGCUACGAGAGCUGAUUCUGCAGCAGGAAGGAGAAAGUAUCAUCGAGUUGGCUAAAAAGCAGACAGUUAAAGAUUGCUGCUACCGCAUUGCGAGCUCUUGGAACUUGGUGACUGAGCAGGACCUUCGCAAUUCGUGGAAUAGCAUUUUCGGCCGGGCUACUUCUGAACAAAACAAUCAAGUAUCGAGUGAAGACGUCAAUCAAUUGGUUCAAUUACUCCAAAGUGUUCCUGAAUAUGCUGACUGCACUUUUGAAGUUGCGAAAAAUUGGAUCGUCGAGGACUAUCAAGUGAAUGGAUGGAAAAUUUUAGAUGUCUAA